GUGAUACCUCUCGUCCCCACCAGUGCUCUCUAAGCCAAAAGCCAGUGAAACCCUCUUCUUGUACUUAGGGGUGAGCACGUCGGUCAUCAGCUUCGUGCUCAUCCGCGAGGACGUAGGGGUGCAAAAAGCCAUAUUCUACAUCAGUAAAACACUCCGGGAGGCCGAGCUCAGGUACUCCCCCAUUGAGAAGACGGUGCUAGCCAUCGUCCAUACAGUGAAAAAGAUGGGGCACUACUUCCAGGCCCACACCGUCCAUGUACUGACCCAGCAGCCCCUCGGUGCAUUCAUGAGGAGCCCCACCAGUUCCUCAAGGAUGGUGAAAUGGGCGAUCUUCCUCAGUCAGUUCCAGAUUGAGAUCAAGCUAAGGCCAUCUAUCAAAGGGCAGGCCUUGGCCGACUUCGUCACCGAAUGCACAGCAAGGGAGACGACCGCCACUACCCCCGGGCAAGAGCCAGACGACACGUGGACUCUCUUCGCUGACGGCUCUUCGGCCGCAAAAGCAUGCGGGGGUGGUGUCGUCCUCAUUUCCCCCGAAGGAUUCAGAACAUACUACGCCAUCCGUUUCAACUUCAGGGUGUCAAACAACGAAGCCGAGUAUGAGGCCCUCCUCAGCGGCCUCAGACUCGCCACCGGCCUUAAAGCCAAACACAUCAGAAUCAAAUGCGACUCCAAGCUGGUGGUGGGCCAGGUUGAGGGCUCGUACGAGGCCAUGGAAGAGAGGACGAGACAAUACCGGCAUGCGGCCGAAGAGUUGCUGAAAGCGUUUGAAACCCACGAGAUCACACAGAUCCCUAGGGCCGAGAACGCCGAGGCCGACAUCCUCUCCAAAUUCAGCUCAGAUACUCCAGAGCACAUCUCCAAAAUAGCUAAGGUUGAGGAGCUGAGCAUGUCCAGCAUCCAUGCUAGCCACGUCUUAUGCAUCCAGCAGCGGCCGGGGGACUGGAUCUCCGACAUAAUGACCUUCAUCACAACGGGGGAACUACCCCAGGACGAGGAGAGAGCCAAGCUGGCCAAGCUCAGGGCUCCAACCUACACCAUUGAGGAUGACAAGCUCUACAAGCGAUCCUACAACGGCACUCUCCUCCGAUGCCUGCACCAGGACGAGGCCGAAGUGGCCAUGGAGGAAGUUCACUGUGGUGUUUGCUCCUCACAUCAGGGCCCUUUCAGCAUGUCCAGGCGUCUCGUCGUCCAGAACUAUUUCUGGCCGACGAUGGCACAUGAUUGUGCAGAUCUUGCCAGAAAAUGCACCGCAUGCCAGGUACUCCAGAAGGCCUCUGGUCGGCCAGCCGUCAACUACGCCCCGGUCAGCACUGCCAUUCCAUUUUCAAGGUGGGGGAUUGACCUGGUCGGCCCAUUACCCAGAGCUGCUGGCAACAACCGCUACAUCAUCGUCGCAGUCGACUACUUCACCAAGUGGGUCGAAGCGGAACCGUUGGCCAGCAUCACAGGGGCGAGAUGUCAGAAGUUCGUCCACAAGAACGUCAUUACCCGCUUCGGCGUCCCCCAAGAGAUCAUAUCCGACAAUGGCACCCAGUUCGAAGCAACACCCUUCCAUGAGCUCCUUCGAGAAUGGGGAAUAAAGCACCGUUUCUCCUAUGUCGCCUAUCCUCAGGGCAACGGGCAGGUUGAGAACGCCAACAGAACUAUAAUGGAGGGGCUGAAAAAGAAGCUCCAGGACAUAGGAGGAAGUUGGGUCGACGAGCUCCCCAACAUCCUAUGGUGUUAUCGUACUACGCCGAGGAGGGCAACAGGUGAAACACCUUUUGCCAUAUGCUAUGGCUUUGAAGCAAAGGCACCCACAGAAGUCGCCAUUCCCAGCCGACGGGUGGAGCAGUAUGACCCUGAGGUCAACGAGGAGAACAUGAAGAUCGACCUCCACCUGGUCGAGGAGAGACGUCAACAAGCAUUCAUCUGGGCGGAGAACUACCGGCGUCAAGUGAAAUCAUACUAUGACACCAAGGUACGUUCCCGGGAGUUCCAAGUGGGGGACUACGUCCUCCGCCGAAGGGAAGCAAGUCAGCCGACGGAAGGGGGCAAGCUAGCCUUGAAAUAUGAAGGUCCCUACAUCGUCAGUGUCGUGGUAAAACCCGGCACCUACAAGCUUAAAUGCCCAAAUGGGACCAAUGUACCACGAACGUGGAAUGUACGCCAUCUGGUGAAGUUUUAUCAAUAAUCCAAAGAAGGUGCAGCCGGCGAAGCCCUCACCCCUUAACGGGUUAUUGAUUGAACACCACCCUCGGCCUUGAGCCACUUAUGAAUAAAAGUCAUGUUCCUCUUGAUUUUUUGAAAUUUAAAGUAAAAAAUUAACGGGUGCCCGCAUCGGCCACCUUAGAGCGAAAGGCUCAGGUAUGGCCGACGCAGCGCCUAGCAUCAGCAGCCUUAGAGCGAAAGGGCUCAGGUACGCUCCAUUGUAUUUUGUAUCAGCAGAAGGCUUAGGCCUGGCUGAGAGAGCACGUCGUAUUGGCCCCUCAGAGCGAGACGCUCAGGCAGGGCCGACGAUGUCCCCAGGACGAGGGGCCCGCAAACGACCCGCGUCUUGAAAUGAGAAGUUCACCGCGUCGUCCACGCGCCAGAUCGCAGGACGACAAGCCUGAAAUCAUGGCUGAGGUGACAAAAUCCUCAAACUCGGGGUUAGGCAAUGGCA